CUGUCAACUCGAGUGGACACGGAAAGCUGUGUGAGGAAGCUGCGCGAUGGAAGCUAGUCGUGACCUGCAAUUUUUCAUCUCGGUCGGGGUUUUAGAAGCCACGGGACGAGCACUUUAGCCGGCGUCGAGACGACGGCGUGGCCGCUUAAAUGCCUUCGACGUCUACGGCAAGAAACGGCCUUUUUGCUUUUAGCUUGGCGGUGCCGAAUAGUUAGCUUGGAAGCUAAGUGCUUAAGCUAGUACAGCGGCAUCGUUCCUUUUGUUAUAUUUAUUUUAUUUUUUGCUUUGUUUUUGGUAUCGAUUAAUUCUCCGUGCGUGGCGCUCUUUUGGUGAACGGGCGUUUUGGCGAAACGUAAUCAUGCUUUUUGCAUCCAAAUUGCUGUACUCGGGUUCAACGCGGUGACUCGGUGGACUUGCUGACCCGAGUCGGCGGAUGCUCAUCGUCACCCGCCGAACCUUUUUGGAAGUUGGCGUCGAUGUCGCGCGACGGCGUUUAUUCAAAAGUUUUCCGCCCCCCUCUUUGAUCUUCGACGGACUUCAUCCAUGCGCGGAGGGGCAGAUGAAGCAUGAGAGGUCUUCAUCUCUCCCGCAAGGUCGUGCCGCUCUCUCCAUCGAUUAGCUGACCAACAUCCGCCGCAGCCGCGGGACAGAGCCGUCCGCGGCCUGUGCACUCGGACGAAGCUGCCGCCCCUGUGUCCGCUGCGUAUUUUUCACACCAUGGCUGAGAGUGGGCUCUCCAAGCCGGGGGACGCGGCGGGGCCGCCCGCUUGGUCCCUCGGCAACGCGUCCUCGGGCCCGACCCCCGCCAUUGAUACCGGCGGAUGCGAGAACGGCGCUCUAAUGGACUCGUUCGGCAUCUUCCUUCAAGGACUCCUCGCCGUGAUGGCGUUCAGCAUCCUCAUGCUGAAACGCUUCCGGGAGCCCAAACACGAAAGGAGACCCUGGAGGAUCUGGUUCCUGGAUACUUCCAAACAGGCCAUCGGGAUGCUCUUCAUCCACUUUGCUAACGUUUACCUGUCGGACCUGACCGAGGAGGACCCCUGCUCACUGUAUCUCAUUAACUUCCUGUUGGACGCCUCGUUGGGCAUGCUGUUCAUCUACGCCGGCGUGCGAGCCGUCAGCGCGGUCGUGGAGUGGAGGCAAUGGGAGUCUCUGCGCUUCGGAGAAUACGGAGAGCCUGUGCAGUGCGCAGCGUGGUUGGGCCAGUGUCUUCUCUACAUCCUCAUCGUGAUGUUUGAGAAAGUGCUCAUCAUGCUGGUCCUCCUCAUUCCCCAGUGGAAGAAGCUGGCGCUCCUCAACCCCAUCGAGAAUCCCGACUUGGAACUGGCCAUCGUCAUGCUCAUCGUUCCCUUUUUCGUCAACGCCCUCAUGUUUUGGGUGGUGGACAAUUUCCUCAUGAAGAAGCACCGGACCAAGGCCAAGCUGGAGGAGAGAGAAGAGGACUCGCGGGGGAACGGCAAGGUGCGCUACCGGCGGGCUCUGUCCCACGACGACUCGGAGUCGGAGAUCCUUUUCUCAGCAGACGAUGAGAUGGACGAGUCGGACGAGGACGACGUUCGCCGCCUGGCGGGCCUGAAGGCGGUUAAGAAGAAGAAGCUGCGCAUGGGGAUCCCCCCAGGCGACGUGAAAAAGAAGAAGCGUCCGCCCAUGAAGGAGGAGGACCUGAAAGGAGCCCGCAGCAAACUGGGUCUGAAAGGCGAAGUCAAGAGUAAGACCUACGAGGUCAUGGCCGAAUGCGAGCGCAUGGGCAAAGUCGCGCCAUCGGUGUUUAGCAAUGUCAGGACGGGGGCCGAGACGUCCCUGGACAAGCCCGCUGCCAAAGGCCCCGGAGCCAGCGUGUUCAACAAGUAGCGCCUUGUUUGCAGGAUUCGCUUCAGAAAAUGCGCCGUACAGUCAAGUCACCGCUUUUUAAUAGAUUUCCAACCCCCCCCCCCC